ACUCACAUUCGUUAGCGCCAGAAAUGCAGGCGAGUGAAAAUGACGCUAAUGAAUGAAAAUGUAUCGUAAGUGUGGCAACGGCUGGCUAAAGGAUUUCUUUUUGGCGUUAGCUCGUUCUUAAACAUAGUGUAUGGCUACCGUUUAUUGUGUGCGAAGUUUCGUGGUGAGCAAGUUACAACUUUCAACUUCAGUCUUAUGUUGACGUUUCUUGAGCACUCAUGUGCUUGGGCUGGGUGAUUUGUUGAAUUUAGUGGAAAUAUAGCAGGCGGUCGUUUUUCCCGUUUUUUCAUUGUGCGAUCAUUCAAGGCAAGGAUUAAUUCAGAGAGGAUUUUUCUAGUGGAUUGUGAUUUUUUAAGUGCAUAAAAGAUCUCGAAAUCCCUCAAAGUAAUUUACGAAUUUGUUUCAAUUUUACAUAAUAAAACAUCGGAGUUGAACAGAUGACGUUUCGUUAUACCGUUUAGAGAACAGUUAUUCAUGGUGUCUGCAGUUUUCGAAUGAUUUCGUGCAUUGCUACGAUGCACUUAUGCAGUGUGGAGUUUCGUUCUAAACAUAUGUUCUGAUCAAAACAAAAAUAUUCUCGUUUGAACUGAAAGUAAAAGUGAACUGCUGUCAAAAGUGCGGUACUAGAUUGCAUACAACACAGAUCAGCCGUGAAUCUGACACAUGUGUAUGUUAUUGCAAAUCUUGUUAUGGUCGAACUCAAGUGGAAAGAGAAAGACUGCAGAAAAGCGCUAUUUUCUCAAAAUUGAUAUGUCAAAAUCUAUCUAAUCCUGAGUGGUGAUAAAGUCAUCUGAAAUCGUGAAGGUUUUUUCGAAAUCGUGAAUUGAAUAUUGAAAGGGAUUUAAGUCUCAGAGCCUAAAACAUCACAGGAAUUGGUCUAAUUCACAAAUAUCAGCCAGGAGUUUCCAACGAAACGUCAUUGCCGAGCCACGGUCUGCUGCUGAACCAGGUGGGUGCGGUCCCGAGUGCGACGGAACUACACUGUGAAGAAACAGAUCUUCGGUCGCUUGCAUGCAGCGCGGUGUCUUCUUCUUCAGUAUCACCUGAGCAGUGCUGCGGUGAGGAAGUACGCCUUGGUGUUGUGCGCGUGUGCUUCUUCGGUUUAGUAGUCAAGUGCUCUCUCCCAGGCUGGAUUAGUGCUCCAAAUUUGUGUGCUGUAGUGCUUAUUUACUGAAAGGUGCUUUCUUAAUUAUCCUCGACGCAACGGCUCCAGGUAUACGUUAUUGAGUGAAGAAAAUGAAGGUCGGUCGGUUAUUUCAUGCUCACGGUGAAUUCUGUGCAUCACAUCCAUGGGAGGUGAUAGUGGCUUUGGUGACACUAACAGCAUGUAUCAUAACGUUUGACACGGGAAGUGCGGAUCCGUUCCAGCAGAGUUCGCGUACAAUUGGUGGUAGACUAUGUCCCAGCUGGCGUUUCAGCUCGGUUGACGCGGAUGAUGAUUUCCGGUGUGAAGAUUUGGAACAGAACGGCAUCGACGUUAUAUUGAUGACCAUCGUUCGCUGUUCGGCGAUCCUCUACUGUUAUUACCACUUCUGCAACCUUCAGAAAUUGGGUUCCAAGUAUAUUCUAGGCAUUGCAGGUCUCUUUACGGUGUUCUCCAGCUUCAUCUUCACGUCGACUGUGAUCAACUUCCUCGGUAGUGAAGUUUCCGAUCUUAAAGAUGCUCUAUUCUUUUUCUUGCUUCUGAUUGACCUCUCGAAAGCCGGCAUCCUCGCUCAGCUGGCGCUCUGUGGUUCGAGUCAGUCGGAGGUCACGAUGAACAUCGCCCGUGGUUUGGAAAUUCUCGGCCCAGCCAUCACCCUUGACACGUUGGUGGAAACUCUUGUCAUAGGUGUAGGUACCCUAUCGGGCGUUCAGCGGCUCGAGUUGCUGAGCGGUUUUGCCGUCCUGUCGGCGAUCGUAAACUACAUCGUUUUCAUGACCUUUUAUCCUGCCUGCCUAUCGCUGAUUUUGGACCUUUCUCGCAACGCGGGCAAUCUGGUGCAGAAGAACAAAAAGGAAAAUCUACUGGCCCGUGUGCUGAGUGAGGAGGAUCAGAAGCCAAAUCCAGUGGUACAGCGGGUCAAGCUAAUCAUGUCGAGUGGACUAAUGAUAGUGCACGUGCUCAGCCGACUGGCCAUCUCCGAAAAGGACUCGGACACUGCUGAACAUAUUAUCAACUCGCACAGUCACGAACAUUUGGCUGCAUUGAACAAGACUGAACCGAACGAGAUUUCCGAAUUUAUAAUGAGGUGGCUCUCGAUCAGCACCGAGCAGAUCGUGACGUACAUCCUCAUCGUCGCGCUAGGCGUCAAAUUCGUCUUCUUCGACCGUCACAAUCUGUCCGACCAGAUUUUGCUAUCGGUGGCAAACGAAGCAGCGGCCGCUGCAGCAGCAGCUGCGGCCCACAAACAAAAGCAGCUGGCCGUAAACAGUGAGGUCCAACAAUUGUCGUUGGAACAAGCAGCAGUAGGCCAGAGGGCUACAUUCGUACUGGCCGAGACAGUUCCGGUAGAGGAGAAGGCUACCCAGAGCGAGCUUUCGCUGUUACCAGGAAGAAAACUGCGGGCAAAGAGUAUGGGGGCUGACGAUGAAUUAGAUUCCGAUGAAUUUGAGGAUGAGUUGUUGGUGGAAAGAGAGCCCAGGCCGUUGGAUACCUGCGUGAAGAUACUGAAUGGAAGCGAAUAUGGUGCAGAGGAUCUGACGGAUGAAGAAAUCAAAAUGAUUGUUAGGGCUGGUAAUGGAUACUGCCCGUUAUAUAAAAUUGAGAGUGUGAUUGGAAAUGCAGAGCGUGGCGUCAAGAUUCGCCGAGAUUUGAUCACAAAAGAGGCUGGUUUACCAGUUCAUACUUUGAAGCAUUUGUCUUACAAAAAUUAUGACUACUCCAAGGUGAUGAAUGCUUGCUGUGAGAAUGUUCUUGGAUACGUACAGAUCCCUGUAGGUUAUGCUGGACCCCUUCUAUUGGAUGGCGCUCGUUACUACGUACCGAUGGCAACUACGGAAGGUGCAUUGGUUGCGAGCACCAAUCGAGGCUGCAAAGCUAUAUCAACGCAAGGAGUUACCAGCUUCGUGGAAGAUAUUGGAAUGACUCGUGCUCCCUGUAUUAAAUUUCCGAAUGUGUUGCGGGCAGCUCAGGCCAAGCGAUGGAUGGAAACUCCGGAAAACUUCGCUCAGAUUAAGGAAGCUUUCGAUUCCACCAGUAGAUUUGCACGUCUACAGGAACUUUACAUCGCAAUGGAUGGUCCGGUACUGUAUACCCGUUUUCGAGCGCUAACUGGGGAUGCUAUGGGAAUGAAUAUGGUUUCGAAAGGCUCUGAGAUGGCGCUCCGUAUUGUGCAGAACUCAUUUGCCGAUAUGCAAAUCAUCUCGCUGAGUGGGAACUUUUGUUCAGAUAAGAAACCUGCUGCCGUCAACUGGAUCAAAGGACGUGGAAAGCGGGUCAUUUGUGAGACUAUUGUUCCUGCUGACAAAUUACGAACGAUUCUUAAAACCAACUCCCGCACACUUGUUCAGUGCAAUAAACUUAAGAAUUUGACUGGAUCUGCUGUAGCUGGCAGUAUUGGAGGAAAUAAUGCUCACGCAGCAAAUAUGGUAACAGCUAUUUACAUUGCCACCGGUCAGGACCCUGCUCAAAAUGUAACUAGUAGUAAUUGCUCGACAAACAUGGAAUUGUAUGGUGAAAACGGUGACGAUUUAUAUAUGACCUGCACUAUGCCAUCGCUUGAAGUAGGAACCGUUGGCGGCGGAACUGGACUACCCGGACAGGGUGCAUGUCUAGAUAUGCUAGGAGUAAGGGGUGCCCACCCGACACAUCCAGCCGAACACUCCAAACAAUUGGCCCGCGUAAUUUGUGCUACUGUCAUGGCUGGAGAACUGAGUCUCAUGGCUGCGCUGGUAAACAGCGAUCUAGUCAGGAGUCACAUGCGACACAACAGAUCUUCGGUGGCUGUGCACCCCGGAAUGUCAACUGCCCCUACAGCCUCCGCCAUGACCAUCAGCAGAGAUAGCAGUACCUCGUGUACUUUGACUGAAACUAGCCAAUAACAUUUACUACUGGUUAAAACUACCUCAAGAAAACAAAAGAGAGGCGACGCAAUGUCUAGGACAUAUCAAAAGAAUAGAGUUUGGCAAUAGUAGUUGAAAAUCCCUACAUUCGGCACCUGUCCUACAGAGAAACAAAUUUACGGACGCCGCUGAGUACGAUGUCCAAAAAUGUUUUAAUUUUGUUAAUAAUAUAGCGGAAUGAACGCAAUAAAAUUAUCCAAAAGCGAACAGCGGACAUAAUGCAGGCAUAUUGUACAUAUUGAAAAUAAGCUCAAGCUUCCACUACAGCAACAAUUGAAUAGAGAACUUGUAACAUUUUAGAACGAAUGGUUUUUGUACAUAAGUAGACUAAUUUCAAACCCAUUGGAAACAAUUAACAACGAAAUAUUUCAACAUUUCCCCAAGCGAUACAAAUCGAGAGCUAGAAGCAAAUUGCCAUGAAAUUCUUUAACAGCAACAAAAACGAGAACAUGAAGAAUACAAGCGAUGAGACAUAACACAAGUCGUAAUUUCCGUCGAUCGAUUUUCAUCCGAUCGGAAGUUUUUAAAAAAUAAUCUCUGCAAUAAGUAAAUCGGGCUUCGAAACAAACGCAAAAGUAACGUAAGCUGGACUUGAAUGAACGGUAGAAGUAAGUGUAUUUGUUGGGAUUUUCUAUGAACGAGAGACAAUUUACGAAUUAACUAUUUAUAACACAUUAGUGAAGUAAAGACCUUGGUGCUAAUAGCAGGAGUAUAAAUAAAUUAUGAAAAUCCUUA